CCUCACCUCUCCUUCCUUGAUAAGGCAUUGCUCCUGACAGGCCACGACUUCCUUUUUUACGCCAUCAAAGUGUGUUCCAGAUAACGGCGAUGCCAUUUCUGCUCUCGUGAGGCCGAAUCAAGCGCCGCAGCCAGCGACUUGCCAAUUCCUCGGCGUCCAUUCCGACCGGCGUACAUUGCAGAGGCAUGAUACAACAGCGAGUCAGAACCUGGCCGAGCAGCUCUUUACCUGGUUGAAGCCUUUGACUUUGGAUACUCGGACCAUUCCAAAGCUUUGUUAAAGCUAGCGCGGCAUCAUGAAGACAACUAUAGCAGCUGUAGUGGCUGCCCUCACCAGUCCAUUCCUCGAGGUGGCAGCGACCAGCGAUAGCGGUAUUCCCAAAGCGAAAUACAAGGAGGCUUGCCCGGCAUAUGAGCAUUAUGCGCGUUUCCCACACCAGCCUCUCAGCGAUGGCCCCAUGGCUCUUCCCUUUCAGCGACCCUCGAAACACUGCCGAACUUUCGAAUCAGACCUCGUGGAGAAGAUCAUCAAAGAUCUCAGUCACUCCCUAGUGGACCCCGAUCUCGCGCGAAUCUUCGAGAACGCAUUCCCGAAUACGAUCGAUACAACUGUACAGUGGCAUGUGGAUGGCACAGAGAAGCAGGCGGAAUCAAAUAAGAUGCAACAAUUGUUUUUGGGGCAAACAGAUGCUUGGAAGGGACCACAGAGCUUCAUCGUGACUGGGGAUAUUCAAGCGUCGUGGCUCCGUGAUUCAACAAACCAGUUGGCACAGUACCAACCGCUGGCAAAGAAGAACAAGAAGAUAGAGAACUUGAUUUUGGGUGCGAUCAAUACCCAAGCGGAGUACGUGAUUGAAUCUCCGUACUGCAAUGCGUUCCAGCCACCUCCACCGAGCAGGCUGAAGCCAAGUGACAAUGGACAAGGCGAUAAUGUGCACCCAGCAUAUGAGCCAAGCCAAGUUUUCGAGUGCAAGUAUGAGCUGGACUCCUUGGCACAUUUCCUGAGACUUGGAAAUCAGUUCUAUGAGCAUACUGGAUCCACAGCGUUUUUGACGCAGCGCUGGUUUCAUGCAUUGGAAAGUCUGCUCAAGGUGCUUGAUCAGCAGAGCCAGUCAACAUUCGAUCCGAAGACGGGGUCCUUUGUCAAGCAAACGUACCGAUUUCAGAGAAACACGAAUACUGGCACUGAGACUUUGAACCUGGCAGGGAAUGGAAACCCGUUGAACUACGGGACGGGUUUGAUUCGCUCUGCCUUCAGACCAAGUGAUGACGCCACGAUUUUUGGCUUCUUCAUUCCAGCCAACGCAAUGAUGGCAGUAGAGCUGAAGAAGACAGCAGAUAUCAUCGCCGCUUCGGGCAAGCCUAAAGUUGGCGAAGAGCUUAAAGCACGAGGCGCAAGGAUUGAGAAAGGUGUAUGGGAGCACGGCGUCGUUCAGCACAAGAAGUGGGGCUCGGUCUUUGCUUUCGAAGUCGAUGGCUACGGCUCCUCUCUGCUAAUGGACGACGCCAAUGUGCCUUCACUGCUCGCACUACCAUACCUCGGCUUCGUCAAGAAAGAAGAACAAACGUACCAGAACACGCGCAAGAUGAUCUUGUCGAAAGAAGGCAAUCCAUACUUUCUGCAGGGUAAAGCCCUCAAGGGCAUUGGAGGCCCGCAUGUUGGUUUGCACAAUGCUUGGCCGAUGUCGUUGCUUAUUCAGGCGAUGACUAGCGAUGAUGACGAAGAGAUCUCGGAGCUUUUGGAAGCGGUCAAGAAGGCGAGUCCAUUGGGAUUGGUGCACGAGAGUGUCAACGUGGAGAAGAUCAAGGACUACACCCGAAGCUGGUUUGCCUGGGCGAAUUCGGUCUUUGCGCAAACGAUUCUGGAUCUCGCAGAGAGGAAACCACAUCUGUUGUUCAAACCUGGAUCAAAGCCUUACGUGGUUGGGUAGAGAAAUCAACUGAGCGUCCGUUCGUAUGAGUCAACAAUGCUCUCACAUGAAAAUGCAGGCUACCUCUCCACUUUUCCGCACUCACUCUUGGUGAUGUGAGCCCUGCACCAAGCAUGAAACAUCUG